ACUUUUGAACUCACCACAGAUAAAUGCACGAUUUUAGUCGUUGAACUCAACGGUCGAAAUGACUUAACCACCCCUGUGAUGUCGUUUCACCCCCUGUGUCUGGGAGAAGCUCUGCAUUGCGCGUCCCAGAGGAUCUCGAUGGGAUUGGUAUUCCGCCGAUUCGCCUCGUAAUCGGCUGGGAACGAAGCCCGAUUUCUGCCUGUUCUGAAUUGAAAUAUGCUCAUAAAGAAUUCCCUUUGAAUCGGUGGAUUUUCAGAUCAAAGGGCCGAUUCAAGAGUAAUUAGAACCAAUUCCUGUCUUGUAAGAACUUGAUUCUCAGCUCUGCACCUCACUGGGCCAGAAUCUACUCAAACGAAACUAACAGGUAAAAAAAGAAAAAAAGAAAAAAAAGAAAAAAAGAAAAAAAAAAGAAAAAAGAAAAAGAAAAAGAAAAAAGCGGGAAGUCUUUCAAAGGGGAAGCUCCCACUUUUCAAUCGGCUACGAUUCAAGUUUCAAGAUUCAAGAUUCAAGAUUUAAGAACCAAAAUCUUGAGUUAGUAUCAGACUCACAACUGAGACGACGCUCUCUCGAAUUCACUGAUGGCAGUUGAUUUGAAUUUUGCUUCGUUGUUUCAAAAUCUCAAGUUAGAUGAUCAGUGGCUGCCUUCCAAACCCUGGGAAUCGAUACCUUUCGAAAGUGGAGUCUCUCUAUCCGGAAGCUGUAACUCAACGUCAUCUCUGGAACCUCUUUACGAUCCGUCGACGGUCUCUGAGGCCAGUUUGGUUAGGUUGGUUAUUAAUGCAUUACAAGGCGUCCAGUCAGCCAUUGACGGCAUCGAAAAGCUCUCUGCUGCGUUUUGUGCUGAUCCAGCCGAUAGAACUUCUCAUCGAAUUCCUAGCCUGUGGCACCGGUCCUUGAGCACUAAAGCAUUGGGAAAUAUUCUUAAGUCUAUAGGACAGUCAGGUUUCCUAGUUCUCCUCAUCCGCAGAUUUGUUGAUUAUUUUCUCUGUCGAAACUCAAAUUUAGAUGUGAAAGGCAGAGAGGACGAUGAUAUGGGAAGGAAAAAUGUGGGUUCAGAAUCUUCUGAAAGCCAAAUUCAUUAUCAAGAUGAAGCAGGCGUUGAACUUCGAUACAGUCUUGUUAAUCAGGCAUUCGCUGUUGCAGUUGGAAAAGUCUUAGAAGGAUACAUCUGUGCACUAGAUACAUUAUAUGCUUCAGUAGAUCUCAGGCGUUCAUCCAAGAAUGUGGAUUUGUCUCAACCUGAUUUUUCUGGAGUAGGCUGUCUCACAACAGUGGUGCAUUCUCGAAUUACUCUCCUUGAAGUUUACCUACACACCAAGGAACUAAGGACUCAUAUAGAGGCUCUUGGAAAUAUAUGCCUCCUCAAGAAAGUAGAUUCUGAUCUAUCCUUAUCUUCUCUUGAAGAUUUGAUUGCAGGAGCUACUGCCGAGUUCUGUAACUUCCACAUGGCUGGAAAUUUGCUUACAUACUUGUAUACUCAGCUCAGAGAUGCCGAUCCGGUUCACCUUGCACUCCUUAAGUUUCUUUUUCUCUGCUCAUGUGAACCAUAUUGUGGGUUCAUUAAAUCGUGGAUUUACCAAGCAAGGAUUACUGAUCCUUAUAAGGAGUUUUUUGUAGAGUGUGUGGAAAACUCUCCUCUUUAUUCACAUGGUAACGCAGGCUUCUGUUAUGAUUACUCAUUGGCUUUUGUCAAGGAACAAGCUGGAGUUGCAAUACCUUGUUUUCUGAAAGACUUAUGCAUUCCCAUUCUUCGAGCGGGUCAGCAGCUUCAAGUGCUAAUUAAAAUGCUUGAUCUAUGUAAUUAUAUGGGUAGUGGAGAUCAUAAUUACGAGGAUGUCCUUCCCUGCUGGAAUCGUUCUCCAAGUGAAAAUAUAUCCUAUUUUUCCUCAUUGACUUUCAACAAAAGAAGAAUAGAAGAGAUUAUACUUACUAGGGAAAAUAUGUACAAUAUGAUGCGGGAAAAACAGCAAAAUUUCUUUACAGGAAUAGAUACCAAAUGUCAAAAGGUGAUCCCUAUCUUUGUUGAUAACGUUAUGGGAAAUCUAAAUUUUCAAGUUCCAUGUACAUCAAAUGACAACUUGUUUUCACCUUCCUCGACUACUGAUGAUGGGGACUCAAAUUUAGCUGGUGUUACCAAGGAUUCUGAUGUUUCUAGCACAGCUGAGUCCUCUUGUCUGGUUGAUCCCUUCGAAUCUUCAUCUUUGGAUAGUUUUGAAGAGCAAACUGAGAUGGAGAGGCUUGCUGAGUUGCAUGGUAGUUUUAUUGGGAUGGAACCUGGGUAUUUCUCUGCUUCAGGAUCAUCAACAAUUUUACCAAUAGUAAAUUUAUUGCAAAAACCUACUCAAAGUGAGAAUCUACAUGAUUUGGAAAUUUCUUCUCAUAAAACCUGUGGAAGAAUGGAUUCAGUCAAUCCUUUCCUGAGUCCUUGUGAAAAUGAGAUAAAUUCAGUGCAUCAUCAGUUGGAGGACUCAGCAUUGGCCUGGAUGCCAGAGAUUCAGUUUGCAGAUAAUCAGUCUGCUAUUUGUUGGCCUCUUGGAGGGCUUUCAAAAAACCCUUUUUGUGUUGAUGAAAACUACAGAGGUGAGUCGCAACAUCUCAAUGACUCUAACCUAAAGCUUGCAGACAGAAAUAUGAAAGUCUUGAAGGUAGGAUGUCCAUAUUUUGAUGAGGCGUUUCCCAACAACAAAUUUGUACAGGAGCAAGCCACUGGCAGGAGUCAACUUGAAAAUAUAAGUGAUGCUUCAUCUAAAUCAAUUGUCUUUCCACCAUGGGAACUCAAGUUCAACUUCAAUCAUCUAAAUCUUAACCCUGUGCUUACAAAAAAUGCUUGGUUUCAUACAUCGAACAAGUCUGGGUAUAAAAGCUGCAUGGAUAAGAGAGGAUCUUUCCCAUACUUUGACUUUUCAUCAGUCAAAGAUCCUUGCAAGGCUUAUGGGGAAAGAUAUCUUGCCACUCCUGAACAUGAAUUUCAAUCUGCACUUUCAUAUUCCAGGGAGCCUAAUGUAGCUGCAGGAGGUACGAAUGAACACCUUGAAGAACUUGGCCACAGCAGAGAAGGUGUUCCAGUUGAUCAAUCCAAAAUAAGUCAUACUUAUUCAUCUCCGAGCUCAAAGGAGAAACCACAUGAUGUGGAUCUUGUAGCAGGUGUUUCUGGUGGAGCUGAAUGGGAAAGUUCCCUGAACUAUUCUAGUAAAAGAAUCAUACAUCAUACUGGAGGUCACAGACAGAGUUCAACUGUCACUGGUGAGACACCACUUGAUGUCAUCAUAGACAAAUGCAUGCUACAAGAGAUCAUGCUUCAAUACAAGUAUGUCAGCAGUUUCACUAUCAAGUUGCUUGAGGAGGGAUUUGACUUACAAGAACAUUUGUUGGCAUUGCGGCGGUAUCAUUUUAUGGAAUUGGCAGACUGGGCAGAUCUAUUCAUCGUGUCUCUUUGGCAUCAUAAAUGGUAUGCUGCAAAGGCAAAUGAAGGAAUAUCAGUAAUCCAAGGUCUACUUGAUCUGGCAGUUCAGAGGUCUUCAUGUGAAAGAGACCAUUACAAGGAACGAUUAUUUGUGUACAUGAAAGGAUCAGGCAUGAUGCCCAUUUCAGCUUCCUCUAUCGGAAUACAUUCCUUCGAUUUCAUAGGAUUGGGCUAUAGAGUGGAUUGGCCAGUUAGUAUUGUUCUGACCCCGGAUGCACUCAAAAUAUAUGCUCAGAUUUUCAGUUUCUUGAUUCAAAUCAAGCUAGCUCUUUUUUCCUUAUCUGAUGUAUGGUGUUUAUUGAAGAAUUUGGUGCAUUCAGUGAGUGAGAAUCGUAAAGCUGGUGUAGGUGUACAGAAUUUGAGUUACUUCAAUGUCUUAAUAAAGCUGAGACUCCAGAUGAAUCACUUUGUGUCAACUUUGCAGCAAUAUGUGCAAUCGCAGUUGUCGCAUGUAUCCUGGUGCAGGUUUCUCGACUCCCUUAAACAUCAGGGGAAGGAAUCCUUCAUGCUUCAAUGGAAUUAUGAUAUUUUCCUGUCUUGCUGUUACCUGUUCUUAUUUGUGACAGGUUUGAGAAAUCUAAUACAAGUCCAAGGAUUGAGAGAAUUUGUGUUUGAGAAGGUCUACUACUACAAAAUUCGCAACAUGCAUGCAGAUAAUCAGGUCAAAGAUAUGUUGGACCUAGAGUUAGUGCAUAUGGCGUAUCUUGCUGAUUCUCUCAACAUAUGUUUCUUGUCUGGUGAAAAGCAACCUGUGGCUAGCAUCAUUGAGAGAAUUUUGCAGUGUGCACUUGACUUCCGCUCUUGUCUUACUCGGGAUAUUUCUGGGGUUGCAUCAGAGCAUGAAGAUUCACAACAGCUGCUUGCUCGGAUAAACUAUUCCCAGGUGCUCAUGAUCAAGGAAACCUUUGAGAAAAAUCUUAAAGAAUUAUAUAUCUGCUAUCUGAAGUCCCCAAAACAUGGAGAGUUUGGUCUUUGUCGUUUCUGGAAGUGUCUCAAUUAUAAUGAGUACUUCUCCAAUGCCAUUGGCAGUGGAAUAAGUCCCUUUGCUUUGGGAUCCUGAUCUUUUACAUUUCCUAGGCAGGGAGGGAAAUAUCAUUGGCAAUAGAAAUAACUGCUGUACUUGAGUGACCUUAGCUUUUGCAUUUAGGAGACGGCUUGAGAAAUGCUUCACUAGCCAUAUGUUGGGAAAAGAGAUGAAGAGGUAAAUAUAUGAAACUGCUAAUACCUGCACGAUGGUUACUGUGAUUAGAGCUGCGGGCAGUGAGCUCAUUUGCCAAGAGGUGGGACCAUUUUUGUCAAACAACCCAGAGAAAGGGAGCGUUGAAGAGUCAUAAAACUUCUGUUCAUAGUGUCAACUAUUGUCGUUUUGUUUUCAGAUGCCUGGAGUGUUAAUCUAUGGCAAUUUUUGAUUGCUUUCCGGUUGUUCACAUGGAUAUUUUUAGCACCAUUCUGUUCCCCCAGGUAUACAAGAAGACCACCUUCAAGUCUCCGCUGCAAACUAGUAAGACUGCUUUUUGUCAAGAUUUAUUAUGCUGAUUCAACUGGGAUACUGGAAAGCUGUCUCAGUGCUGUAAAAUUUACACAUGAGCAUGACUUGUGAUGUUCCAUAAGGGUAGUUGCUGGUUCAGUUUCAGGUUCUGGGUUUUUUUUUUUUGGGGGGGGGGGGAAAGAAUGUCCAAACAAGUAGAGCAUGUUGUAUACAUGGACAGUAAAUUGUACAGUAAGAAUGAAGAAGUUGAUAGAUCUCGAUGAGUGAGUAUUCUGAUUCUAGAAUUGAUUGUUUUUACCACUUGGUUUUCAGGGGUUCAUUUUCUGUUUGAACAGUGAAAAAUGGAAGUGGCUGACAAUUUGAUCUGCAGCCACUCUUUAUCUGACUACUUUUUGUUUGUAGGGAUCGACAAACAAAAAUUCCCAGGACAACCUGAUUGGUAAAAUAAUUGUGUAUGGGAUUUGGAUGCUUGUUGCCUCAUGCAAGGUCGUCCAAGAACGGGUAAGAAAACUGGUUUGAACUUCAUACAGAAUGCCCUAUGAUGUGAUUUCACGCCCAUAAUAAUGACAUGAACUCAUCUAGUGGCUGAGGCUACAAGGAAGUCUCUUGUCGUUUGAUUUCAUCCAUGCCUAUUUUAGCACUCCUUGCCAUUAGACUUGCCAAAUUGUUCUUAUCUGUCUUGGUCCCCUUGAUGCAUGUGUAUAAUGUCUGUAACAUGGUAAAUAUUGAAAAUUUAUUAAUGGG